AUGUCUUCGUCCUCCAGUUCAACGGCUUUGCUACCGCAGUAUCCUGCCACAUACUCGGGAAUCCCAGAGAGACUAUUGAACAAAGCAAUUCGGGAGAAGUCAAGACUGUGGGAAAACCAAUCCAAGGAAGACCAGACCCCCAGGAAAAGAGGCUUGGCCAUCCCUGCUGGUAUUGGCCGCUCGGAUUUCCUCAGGGCAUUGGAUGAUUUGGCGAGAACUCUGGGGGAGGAGCACGUUGUAUUGAACGACAAGCCCCUUGAGGAUGGAUGGUAUUUGGAGCAUCCCAAUACGCACGAUUCCUACAUGAUCAUGGACGCCGAAGAGACAGUGUCGUCAGCUUGCGUCUACCCAGCCAAUGUGCAGGAUGUUCAACUUGUGGUGAAGUGGGCAAAUAAACAUCUUGUCCCCCUAUAUCCAAUCUCUAUGGGACGAAACCUGGGAUAUGGAGGUGCCGCACCGCGCGUGCGUGGCUCAGUUACCGUCGACCUUGGCAGACGAAUGAACAAGAUCUUAGAUAUUGAUCCAGAUGACUGUACCUGUCUGGUUGAGCCGGGUGUUUCAUUCUAUGCUCUGUACGAGGAGAUCAAGAGGAAGGGAUACACCAUGUGGGUGGAUACGCCCGACCUUGGGGGAGGCUCAAUCAUCGGCAACACUCUCGAACAUGGAGUUGGCUACACGCCAUAUGGAGAUCACUGGUCGACUCAUUCGGGGCUGGAGGUAGUUCUUCCCACUGGCGAUCUGCUCAGGACAGGCAUGGGGGCUCUCCCUGGCAACAACACCUGGCAGACAUUUCCUUAUGGAUUUGGGCCGAUUUCAGAUGGGAUCUUUUCACAGUCGAACUUUGGAAUAGUCACAAAGAUGGGCGUUGCUUUGAUGCCAGAUCCAGGCGGCUGCGAAAGCUUCAUGUAUACGUUUCAGCGGGAAGAUGACCUGCUGCAAUUGAUCGAUAUCGUUCGACCUCUGAGAAUCGCCAACUUGCUUGAGAAUGUCGCCCAAAUCCGACACAGCACCGUUGAGUUGGCAGUCUCCGGGCUCCCACGAUCACAUUAUUAUCAAGGUACUGGCCCUAUACCGGAGGAAGUGCUGCAAGCCCAUCUGGAGGCCACGCCGCUCGGGCGGUGUUCAUGGAUCUACUAUGGGACGUCGUACGGGCCUGAAAACAUUCGGAAAUACAAACUGGACAUUGUCCAUCGAGAAUUCACCAAAAUCUCCGGUGCCAAAAGGAUUGACCCUGACACACUGCCCGAGGACCAUUAUUUCUGGUCACGGGCCAAAAUAGCCGGGGGCGAACCAGACUUUGAAGAGCUAUCGUACAUGAACUGGGUGCCUAACGGCGCUCAUUUGGGAUUCAGCCCUGUGUCGCCGACUCGAGGCUCGGACGCGCUGAAAUUAUGGAAGAUAGCCAAGACGAGGCACGACGAGCAUGGAGUCGACCUCUUUAUCGCAUUUUGCGUAGGGUUGAGAGAACUCCACAUGAUCAAUCUCAUAAUCUAUGACCGGGGCAGGCCCGAAAGGAGAAAGGCUGUCGAAAGCUGUAUGCGCUUGAUGAUCGAGGAUGCAGCGAAACAAGGUUACGGAGAGUAUCGGACCCAUCUUCUCUUUCAGGACCAAGUCGCCCGGACAUACAGCUGGAACGACAAUGCUCUCAUGAAGUUCAACGAGAAACUCAAGGAUGCCCUCGACCCCAAUGGCAUCCUUGCCCCUGGGAGAUGUGGUAUUUGGCCAGAGCGUUACCGAGGACGAGGUUGGGAGAUAGGCAAGGACGGGAGAGAGACUUCCGAAGGGGACGGGUACGACCGGCUGGUGCAACUGUGA